GGCCCCGCCGCGGGGAUGCCGAGGAGCCGGGGCGGCCGCGCCGCGCCGGGUCCGCUGCCGCCGCCGGGCCGGGCCCCGCGCUGGAGCCGCUGGCGGGUCCCCGGGCGGCUGCUGCUGCUGCUGCCGGCGCUCUGCUGCCUCCCGGGCGCCGCGCGGGCGGCGGCGGCGGCGGCGGCGGCGGCGCGGGCGGCCGAGGCGGAGGCGCCCUUCGCCGGGCAGAACUGGCUAAAGUCCUAUGGCUACCUGCUCCCCUCGGACUCCCGGGCACCCGCGCUGCACUCAGGGAAGGCCUUACAGUCAGCAGUCUCCACUAUGCAGCAGUUUUAUGGGAUCCCCGUCACUGGGGUGUUGGAUCAGACAACAAUCGAGUGGAUGAAGAAGCCCCGCUGCGGUGUUCCCGAUCACCCCCACUCGAGCCGCAGGCGGAGGAACAAGCGCUAUGCUCUGACCGGACAGAAGUGGAGGCAGAAACACAUCACCUACAGCAUUCACAACUACACCCCGAAGGUGGGUGAGCUAGACACACGGAAAGCGAUUCGCCAGGCUUUUGACGUCUGGCAGAAGGUGACCCCGCUGACCUUUGAAGAGGUGCCGUACCAUGAGAUCAAAAGUGACCGGAAGGAGGCAGACAUCAUGAUCUUCUUUGCUUCUGGUUUCCAUGGCGACAGCUCCCCAUUUGAUGGAGAAGGGGGAUUCCUGGCCCACGCCUACUUUCCUGGCCCAGGGAUUGGAGGAGACACUCACUUUGACUCAGAUGAGCCGUGGACACUAGGAAAUGCCAACCAUGAUGGGAAUGACCUCUUCCUGGUGGCUGUGCACGAGCUGGGCCACGCGCUGGGACUGGAGCACUCCAACGACCCCAGCGCCAUCAUGGCGCCCUUCUACCAGUACAUGGAGACACACAACUUCAAACUGCCUCAGGAUGAUCUCCAGGGCAUCCAGAAGAUCUACGGACCUCCAGCUGAGCCCCUGGAGCCCACGAGACCACUCCCCACGCUCCCCGUCCGCAGGAUCCACUCACCGAGUGAGAGGAAGCACGAGCGCCAGCCCAGGCCCCCUCGGCCGCCCCUGGGGGACCGGCCAUCCACACCGGGGGCCAAACCCAACAUCUGUGAUGGCAACUUCAACACGGUGGCACUCUUCCGAGGCGAGAUGUUUGUGUUCAAGGAUCGCUGGUUCUGGCGCCUGCGCAAUAACCGGGUGCAAGAGGGCUACCCGAUGCAGAUUGAGCAGUUCUGGAAGGGUCUGCCCGCCCGCAUAGAUGCAGCCUACGAAAGGGCCGACGGAAGAUUUGUCUUCUUCAAAGGUGACAAGUACUGGGUGUUUAAGGAGGUGACGGUGGAGCCUGGGUACCCCCACAGCCUAGGAGAGCUGGGGAGCUGUCUUCCCCGAGAAGGCAUCGAUACAGCUCUGCGCUGGGAACCCGUGGGCAAGACCUACUUUUUCAAAGGUGAACGGUAUUGGCGCUACAGCGAGGAGAGGCGGGCCACGGACCCUGGCUACCCCAAGCCCAUCACUGUGUGGAAGGGCAUCCCACAGGCUCCGCAGGGGGCCUUCAUCAGCAAGGAAGGAUAUUACACCUACUUCUACAAGGGCCGGGACUACUGGAAGUUUGACAACCAGAAACUGAGCGUGGAGCCAGGCUACCCACGCAACAUCCUGCGUGACUGGAUGGGCUGCAACCAGAAGGAGGUGGAGCGACGGAAGGAGCGGCGGCUGCCCCAGGACGAUGUGGACAUCAUGGUGACUAUCAACGACGUCCCAGGCUCUGUGAAUGCCGUGGCUGUGGUCAUCCCCUGCAUCCUCUCCCUCUGCAUCCUGGUGCUGGUCUACACCAUCUUCCAGUUCAAGAACAAGGCAGGCCCUCAGCCUGUCACCUACUAUAAGCGGCCAGUCCAGGAGUGGGUGUGAGCAGCCCAGAGCUCUCUCCGUCCACUCGGUCUGGCCAGCCAGGCCCUUCCUCAUCAGGGUCUGAGGGGCAGCUCUGGCCACUGCCCACAGGGGCCAGCAGGGCCCCAGGCCAGGGGUCAUGCAGCUGAAGUGGUAGGUACAUUGGCCUAGGCUGAACGUGGGGCAGGGAGUGGUGGUGGCUGUGCCCCAGGGUGGGUGUCUGGCACCCAGCUGCCAGCCUUCUGUCCUGGGUAAACUGCUCCCUACCCAAGGGAAUAGGCCAGGCCCCAUCAGGAGGCAGGGACCAUGCCAGGAGGAGGCCCUGUGGUCACUGAAUCCUGUGGUAUCAAUGAGGCACCACAGCUCCGUUCCCAGCUGGGCCCAGCACCUUCCUGUGGAAGCCAGCACUAGCACUCUCAGCCCCACCUGGGAGAUGCCACCGAUCCCGGUCCCCCUUUGCCAACACCUGCUGGUCAGAUGUCCCCCCCCACCCCUACUCCCACCCCACUGUCCUCCAAGGCUACAAG